AUGCUACUCCAAUCUGAAGAACCUGACUGCUAUUUGAAUGAAGAAUUUUCUGCAUUCAGUGGUUCGAGCUCUGAUCAUGGAACAGUACUGUCAUCGAUGGCCACUAAAAAGAGUACUGAUUCAGAGAAAAAUAGAAGAAAUAAACUCAACGAAAGGCUCCGUGCACUAAGAUCAGCUGUUCCCAAAAUUACAAAGAUGGAUAAAGAAUCGAUAAUCAAAGACGCCAUUGAUUAUAUUCAAAAAUUACAAGAAGAAGAGAGAAAAAUUCAAGCAGAAAUAUCAGAUUUGGAAUCUGCAGGGACAUCAUCAAAUGGUAAAAUUAUUGGGUUUGAUCAUCAAGAUGAAACCUUUUAUUCAAACCAAAAGAAAAUAAGAAGUGAAAAUCUCCAUGAUUCUGGAGGAUCAAGUUCAUCUCCCAUCGAAGUUCUCGAGUUGAGAGUAACCAACAUGGAUGAGAAGAACGUUGUAAUUAGCCUUACAUGCAGCAAAAGAACAGAUACAAUCGUAAAGCUCCAUGAGAUGUUUGAAUCUUUGAACCUAAAAAUCAUUACUGUCAACAUCACUGUUUUCACAGAUAGGGUUUUGAAGACAGUAUUUAUCGAGGCGGGUACUGAGGAGGAAGAUGUUUUGAAGAAAAAAAUAGAAACAGCUAUAGCAGCUCUGAAUGGUCCGCACAACCCUAACGUUACAUAUCCAUAUUAA